AUGUCAUUGUUUGACCCGCUCGAUGUCUCGGUCUCAGCGAUCGGUGCCCGCGGCAAUCACACGACUUUUUUUACCUUUUUGUUUCGCAUUUUUUAAGAUAACAUAUGUUGCUUGCCUUCGCGCUUUGUUAACAGCAUUUUUUUAAAUUUUUGACACUGAAGUGAAUGAGUCAAACAAAUUAAUGUGAUAGUGAAGAUGUUUAUGUGGCUGGUUAUCUUUCUUAAAAUUUUUAAUAUGCUUGAACUUGAGCCUAAACUUAAGUCUUAGCCUGAGCUUGACUUUGAGCUUAGGCCUCGCUUGAGCUUGCACGUUAACUUAAACUUCAACUUGAGCCUGAGCUUGUGCCUGAGCCUGUGCUUGAGCUUGAGCCUAAGCCUGAGCCUGAGCCUGAGCCUGAGCCUGAGCCUGAGCUUGAGCUUGAGCCUGAGCUUGAGCCUGAGCCUGUGCCUGAGCCUGAGCUUGAGCCUGAGCUUAAGCCUGAGCCGGAGCCUGAGCUUGAGCUUGAGCCUGAGCCUAAGCCUAAGCCUAAGCCUAAGCCUAAGCCUAAGCCUAAGCCUAAGCCUAAGCCUAAGCCUAAGCCUAAACCUGAGCCUGAGCCUGAGCUUGCGCCUGAGCCUGAGCUUGAGCCUGAGCCUGAGCCUGAGCCUAAGCCUGAGCCUGAGCCUGAGCCUGAGCCUGAGCCUGAGCCUGAGCUUGCGCCUGAGCCUGAGCUUGAGCCUGAGCCUGAGCCUAAGCCUGAGCCUGAGCCUGAGCCUGAGCUUGCGCCUGAGCCUGAGCUUGAGCCUGAGCCUGAGCCUGAGCCUGAGCCUGAGCCUGAGCCUGAGCCUAAGCCUGAACCUGAGCCUGAACCUGAGCCUGUGCCUGAGCUUGAGCCUGAGCUUGAGCCUGAGCCGGAGCCUGAGCUUGAGCCUGAGCCUGAGCCUAAGCCUGAGCCUGAGCCUGAGCCUAAGCCUAAGCCUAAGCCUGAACCUGAGCCUGAACCUGAGCCUGUGCCUGAGCUUGAGCCUGAGCUUGAGCCUGAGCCUGAGCCGGAGCCUGAGCUUGAGCCUGAGCCUGAGCCUAAGCCUGAGCCUGAGCCUGAGCCUAAGCCUAAGCCUAAGCCUAAGCCUAAGCCUAAGCCUAAGCCUAAGCCUAAGCCUAAGCCUAAGCCUAAGCCUAAGCCUGAGCCUGAGCCUGAGCCUGAGCCUGAGCCUAAGCCUAAGCCUAAGCCUAAGCCUAAGCCUAAGCCUAAGCCUAAGCCUAAGCCUAAGCCUGAGCCUGAGCUUGCGCCUGAGCCUGAGCUUGAGCCUGAGCCUGAGCCUGAGCCUAAGCCUGAGCCUGAGCCUGAGCCUGAGCUUGCGCCUGAGCCUGAGCUUGAGCCUGAGCCUGAGCCUAAGCCUGAGCCUGAGCCUGAGCCUGAGCUUGCGCCUGAGCCUGAGCUUGAGCCUGAGCCUGAGCCUGAGCCUGAGCCUGAGCCUGAGCCUGAGCCUAAGCCUGAACCUGAGCCUGAACCUGAGCAUGUGCCUGAGCCUGAGCUUGAGCCUGAGCUUGACCCUGAGCCUGAGCCGGAGCCUGAGCUUGAGCCUGAGCCUGAGCCUGAGCCUGAGCUUGCGCCUGAGCCUGAGCUUGAGCCUGAGCCUGAGCCUGAGCUUGAGCCUGAGCUUGAGCCUGAGCCUGAGCCUGAGCCUGAGCCUGAGCCUGAGCCUGAGCCUAAGCCUAAGCCUAAGCCUAAGCCUAAGCCUGAGCCUGAGCCUGAGCUUGAGCCUGAGCCUGAGCCUGAGCCUGAGCCUGAGCCUGAGCCUGAGCCUAAGCCUAAGCCUAAGCCUAAGCCUGAGCCUGAGCCUGUGCCUACGCCGAAACCUAUGCCUAUGACUAAGCCUAAGUUUUAUUAUAUGUCUUUGUCUAAGCCUACGCCCAAGCACAAGACUGAACCAAAGCCCAAGACUGAGCCUUUGCUCAAACUCAAGUCUAACAUUAUGUUUAAGCCUUCACUCAUGCUCAACCACCAGUCCUGCUUUUGGUUUUACUUUUAG